UUACGGCACUAUUUGACAAGCAGGCGCGGGUUUUGUAAACAAAGUCAAACCGAGGCAAAUAAUUCGAUUGAAGUAGCUUUGAAAAUAUUUGUUCUUUAUUUUUAUAUGUUAUGUCAGUGGUUAGAAGUAAAGGCAUCUGGAUUAGAUUCGUUAAAAUAUGUUAGGGUUGUUGUGAGACAGAGUACAGGAAGCUCAUUCAGCUAACAUGCUAAAGCUGUUAUGGGGAGAAAGUGGUGGCACUCAACUUUGUGCGUUUAGACAGGUAUGGUAGUUGUGCAUCUAUUGGGUAGACAUCUAUUGAAACGAGCUGGAGUACAGGGCAUAGUACUCCAAAGGUGUCGCCUUGCCACUCAGACUGGACUGGCUGUGGAGACACAUCAGCUUGCAAAAAUGAAUCGAAAUCGGACUCAGAUCAAACGGGUCCUGUGUGUUGCAGAGAAGAAUGAUGCAGCUAAAGGCAUCGCAGAAAUCAUGUCCAGUGGUAGAUCUCGGAGGAGGGAAGGGCUGUCAAAGUUUAACAAAAUAUACGAGUUUGAAUAUCACCUCUUUGGACAGAAUGUUACAGUAACAAUGACUUCUGUGUCCGGUCAUUUGUUGGGUUUAGAAUUUAAGGCACCAUUUCAGAAAUGGCACAGUUGCAACCCAGUACUGCUGUUUGAUGCUGAGGUAGAGAAAUACUGCCCUGACAACAUGAUUCAAAUAAAGCGAACAUUGGAGAAAGAAGCAAGGCAAUGCCAGGCCCUGAUUAUCUGGACAGAUUGUGAUCGUGAAGGAGAAAACAUUGGUUUUGAAGUAAUUGAUGUUUGCAAAACAGUGAAAGCUAAUAUUCAAGUUUUUCGAGCUAAAUUCUCUGAAAUUACACCCAAUUCAAUCAGAAGAGCUUGUGAGACUCUGACUGAGCCAGAUGUGAAUGUCAGUGAUGCUGUGGAUGUGCGCCAGGAACUGGACCUACGGAUAGGGGCAUCUUUCACACGUUUCCAGACACUGCGACUACAGAAGAUCUUCCCAGCGUCUCUGGCAAAUCAGUUAAUCUCAUAUGGAAGUUGUCAGUUUCCCACUUUGGGUUUUGUGGUAGAGCGGUUUAAAGCAAUUCAAGCAUUUAUUCCAGAGACCUUUUUCAAGAUUAAAGUGAUCCAUGAGGUUAAAGAAGAUACAGUGGAGUUUAGCUGGAAAAGAAAUCGUCUGUUCAACCACACUGCAUGCUUAGUUCUCUACCAAAUCUGUAUGGAGGAUCCCAUGGCAACAGUCACCUCAGUAACCAGCAAACCAAAGAGUAAAUGGAGACCCCUGCCUUUGGACACUGUGGAACUUGAGAAACUUGCUUCACGAAAGUUAAAAAUAAAUGCAAAAGAAACUAUGAAAAUUGCUGAGAAGCUUUAUACUCAGGGGUUCAUCAGUUACCCCAGAACGGAGACCAACAUUUUUCCUGCAACUUUAGCCCUGGCUCCCUUGGUUGAACUGCAGACUCAAAGUCAAGCAUGGGGAACAUUUGCACAGCGUGUCCUUGAUCAACCUGGGGGUCCCAAUCCACGACAGGGCAAGAACUCUGACCAGGCCCACCCUCCCAUCCAUCCCACUAAGUUCACAAACAGUCUCCAGGGAAAUGAAGGUCGUGUGUAUGAGUUUAUUGUACGACACUUCCUGGCCUGUGUGUCCCUGGAUGCUUUGGGACAGGAGACAGUGGUGGACAUUGACAUUGCUCAGGAGAAGUUCACAGCUUCUGGACUUAUGAUUAUUGCGAGAAACUAUCUGGAUGUUUACCCCUAUGACAAAUGGAGUGCCAAGAUUAUUCCAGUUUAUGAGCAAGGAUCUCAGUUUCAGCCGACCGCUAUUGAGAUGUUGGACGGUCAGACAAGUCCUCCACAGCUACUCACUGAAGCUGACCUGAUAUCCCUGAUGGAGAAACAUGGCAUUGGCACAGAUGCAACCCACGCUGACCACAUAGAGACCAUAAAGAGCAGGAUGUAUGUGGGACUUACAGCAGACCAGAGGUUCCUACCUGGAGAACUGGGAAUGGGACUGGUAGAAGGGUAUAACUCCAUGGGUUAUGAGAUGUCCAAACCGAACCUGCGUGCUGAACUGGAAGCAGAUCUCAAACUGGUGUCUGAAGGGAGGAAGGAUAAACAAACUGUACUGCAGCAUUAUAUUCAAAAAUACAAAACCGUGUUCAUCGAGUCUGUUAGAAAAGCUAAGAAAUUAGAUGAAGCCCUGUCCCCUUAUUUGGGGGCAGCUCAAGUAAUCACAGAAGAGGAGCAGCAGGAUAUGGAGAUGCCUCUGCCAGUUAGGAAAUGUCCCAACUGUGGCCGUGACAUGGUUCUUAAGAAGAAGCGUGAAGGAAGAAAUAAGUACCUCUCCUGCACGGGUUAUCCAGCCUGUAAGACAGCUGUGUGGUUCCCUGAUAUGGUUUUGGAGGUCAACAGAGACGACAGCAUCUGCCCAACAUGUCGGCCCCAUCCUGUUCACAUGCUGAAGUUUAAGUUCCGCAGGGGCAGCCUUCCGCCUAUGAUGCCUUUGGAGUUUGUGGGUUGCAUUGGAGGUUGUGAUGAGACACUGAGAGAAGUACUGGACCUGAAGUACCUCAAAUCGGUUGGAGGUGGAGGGGGCAAUGGAGGAGCAGACUCCCAUCCAGCUGCGCCCACAAAAACAGCACCCACCAGAGCGGCACCCUCAGGCCCAGCAUCCACCAGAAACUCAAACUCUCGUCCUUUACCCCCUGUGGCGGUGUCCUCUUGGACUCCUCCACCUCAACCUCCACCGGGUGGCAUUGUUAAUGGUAGAAUCAACAGUAAUGACGCUAUUGUUUGUAAUUGUGGACAAAACGCAGUCCUUUUAACAGUUCGCAAAGAUGGUCCCAACCAAGGACGCCAGUUUUACAAAUGCAAUGCUGGCAGCUGUAACUUCUUCUUAUGGGCCAAUGAAUGUGCUCAGCAGGGAUCGUCAGCACUGCCCCCUCCCAGGAACAGCCAGCCCAGGCCUUCUCUUGGUUUCAAGAAUGCCUCUGGGGAUGGCAGGUCUAGAGGCUCAGGGGACCAUGGAGGACAGAUCAUGUGUAACUGUAACGAAGCAGCGGUCACACGGACAGUACAGAAGGAUGGUCCCAACAAGGGCAGGAUGUUCCACACGUGUGGGAAGCCAAGGGAGCAGCAAUGUGGCUUCUUCCAGUGGGCUGAUGAAAAUGUACCUCCAUCAGGUGCUUUUGGCAGUGGCUACAACAGCAGUGGGUUUAACAGCGGUGCAGGCAACAAUAACAAAGGUGGAAAUGGAAGAAAGAAAUCGGGAGAUGCUGGCGGAAACAGCGCUCCCGCUGCUAAGAAGCCACGUAACUGUGGUAUCUGCCACUUGCCUGGACACACCCGUGUUACCUGCCCACAGCGGUGACACAAACUGAGUGUUUCUCAUUUCUCAUCUCAUUUUACCACACAUGCAGUAGUGCCUUCACUAUGUCUAUCAUUCAACACUCUAAUUAAGUUCUUAAUUCAUAACUGUAGUCAGUAUCACAGUAUAAACACCAGUGCUCUUGCAGAUGUGGCAAAAUAAGCCUUUGCAUCUCUGUAUGGCAAUACAGGCAUACACCUACCUUCAGAACUGUACCAAUGCUUGUUUUAAAGGAUUACAAACUUUUUAAACAGCUGCUUUAUAUGGGGCUCGUGUGGUGUAGUCAAACCAAUAUAUGAGAAACAUACAAUUUUAUGCCAUUGCUAAUAAACUUUUAAACGUUUAAAUUCUGA